CCACUCCUUCCUCUCUCCUUCCUACUCAAAGUCACAAUUCUGUACCUUUCUUUCGCUAUAAAUUCAGUGAUCCCAUCAGAAAAGACACUGAUUUUCCACACUCGUGGAUCGGUUUCACAUUACGAGAAAAAUAAAGAAAAAAUGGAAGUGGAAAUGGUGGUUCCGGUGGACUUCAACUUCGACAGCAACUGCUCCUCCCCAUUUAUCACCGCCCCUUCCAGCCCUCAACGCUUUGCUAGUAACUCCAACUUCUUCUUCAGCGCUCCCACCAGCCCCACGCGUCCUACUCCUUUCUUUUUCCACGACUCUCCCUCUUCCUCUUCCUCUGUCCCCUUUCUCCAGGAACAACAACCCCAACCCAAUGCCAACCACAACCACGAUGAUUUCGAGUUCAAUUCCAGCGGACACCUCGACAGACCUUUUCUCUCCGCGGACGAGCUCUUCCUCGCCGGAAAGAUCCGUCCCCUCAAGCCGCCGACGCCGACGCCGCCCCUUCGCUCCCCUUCUCCUGUGACGUCUCCCCGCAGGAAGAAGGACUUCGACCGGCUCGCAGAGGCCACAAAAGAAACGCGCAGAGGCAGUAAAGAAGAAGAAAAAGAAGAAGAGAAGAAUCACGCGCGAGGGAGGCAAAGAGUUUUGGUGUCUGGUCGGAAAGGAAGUAGUAGAUCUUUGUCUCCUUUAAGAAUAUCCGACAUAGUGUGCGACUCCGAAAACAUUUCUUCCUUCACAAGCAACUCCAAAUCUCCUUUUCUAGCUUCUAUUUCUUUCACCAGAAAAUGGAAGUUCAGAGAUUUUCUCCUCUUUCGAAGUGCUUCGGAGGGAAGAACCACCAACAAGAACCCGCUCAAAAAGUACGUUAUUCUCUCCAAAAACGAGGAUGUUCGAAACUCCAGCUUUCGGUCCGCCGAGAGCUCCGGUUCGGUCUCCAAACGCCGCGGCCCAGUUUCAGCCCAUGAGUUGCAUUACACGGUGAACCGGGCCGCAUCCGAGGAAAUGAAGAAGAAAACGUUUUUGCCUUACAAGCAGGGUUUAUUGGGCUGCUUGGGCUUUAACCCUGGUAUGCAUCACAUUUCUAAAGCAAUGGGGCCUUUCACACGUUCCUAAUCAAUUCAAUUAGAUUUUCUUUGCUCCAUUUUCUUAUUGUUCUCUUCUUUUCCGCAAAAGCACUCAAAUUUGUACCAAAAUAAUUUUACCAUUCUCACCAACAUGUAUCAUA